UCAAGAUAUUUGGCGUUCUAAUGUUGGCUGGGACGAACCAAUAGCAGAUCAGCAACUCGAGAAGUGGAGAACAUGGCUCAGUGUGUUACACAACGUCGAAACAGUUUCCGUUCCUCGGUGUUAUCGAACGAUGACAACGUCGUCAGCCAAAUCCAAUGAAAUCCAACUGCAUGUAUUCGUCGAUGCAAGCGAAAACGGAUACGCAGCAGUCGCCUACUUUCGGUACGAAGAGGGCAACACGAUAGAGUGUGCCUUCGUCACUGCCAAAACUCGUGUAGCGCCACUAAAGUACGUUUCGAUUCCCCGACUGGAGCUUCAAGCAGCAGUGAUUGGAACACGCCUGGCGAAGGCGAUAGGAGAAACGCAUCGAAUAGCAGUACAAAAACGGUUUUUUUGGACUGAUUCGAGAGAUGUUCUUUGUUGGCUGCGUUCGGAUCACAGGAAAUACAGCAAGUACGUCGGCGCCAGAGUUGGCGAAAUUUUGGAAAACAGUGAACUUUCGGAAUGGUUCUGGGUUCCGACAAAAAUGAAUGUCGCAGAUGAAGGCACGAAGUGGCAAAGAAUUCCUGAUAUUUCGCCAUCAAGCCGAUGGUUUAACGGGCCUUUCUUCAUGUGGCAGCAGCGAAGUUCGUGGCCACCUCAGCCGAUGAAUCACGGAACUACCACAACAGAAAUCAACCAUUCGGUAAACCUUCAUGCUGUUCGAGUUCCAGUCAUUAACUUUGCUAAAUAUUCGAGCUGGCGAAAGCUUGUCCGAGUUGUUGCUUAUAUGCGCCGGUUUUACAGCAAUAUUCGGGCUAGAAUACAUCAGAGUACACCCACGAUCGGAAUCCUCAAACACAGGGAGUUAUCUGAAGCCGAAAACUUGAUCUAUAUACAAGCACAGCUAGAUGAGUUUAGUAAAGAAAUGUCCUUGCUAUUGCGUUCCAAGGAUGUGGACGAAAGAAAGGUAGCUCGUAUUCCCAAGCACAGUUCGAUCUACACAUGCUCACCGUUCCUAGACGAUAAUGGGGUACUUCGCAUGCUUGGAAGGGCGGCUGGUUGCCAAUUCAUACAGCCAGGCUCCGCUCAUCCUAUACUGCUACCGAAUAAACACCCGAUUACCACACUUAUCGUACGUUUCUUUCAUGAGCGCUACCAUCACCUGAACCAUGAAACAGCAGUUAACGAAUUGUGCCAGAAGUACCGAAUCCCGAAGUUGCGAAGAGUCUGCUACAAGGUACGGCAAGAAUGUCAGACCUGUAUGAAUGCUAGGGCUCGUCCGCGACCGCCCGUUAUGGCUGACCUUCCGCUGGCAAGGCUUGCAGCAUAUUCUCGACCAUUUUCCUAUGCUGGUGUCGACUACUUUGGCCCGAUGCAGGUAGUCGUUGGUAGACGCGUUGAGAAGAGAUGGGGUGUACUCAUCACGUGCCUAGUAGUCCGUGCCGUCCAUAUAGAGAUCGCCCACACGCUUAAUAGCAGUUCCUGUAUCAUGGCGUUGCGGAACUUCAUGGCCAGGCGUGGAACGCCUUUAGAACUAUUCAGUGAUCGUGGAACUAAUUUCGUUGGAGCAAAUCGUGAACUGACCGAAGCAAUUCGCUCUCUAGAUCAGGAGAAGCUCAUGCAAGAGCUCGAAACCCCAGAUACCAAGUGGACGUUCUUGCCACCGAGUAGCCCACACAUGGGUGGAAGUUGGGAAAGAUUGGUGCAGUCUGUUAAGAAAGUACUGAAUAAUAUGAAGCUUCCAAGAUGGCCAACCGACGAAGUUCUCAGGAACAGCCUCAUGGAGGUGGAGAAUAUCCUAAAUUCGCGACCCUUAACUUACGUACCCAUCGAGGAUGUCGAACAUGAAGCCAUCACACCCAACCACUUUUUGUUAGGUUCAUCCAGUGGUUCCAAACCAUUACUACCCUACGACGAAAGCCUCGCUACGCUAUCGAACUCUUGGAAAACAUCACAAACUCACGCGAAUUUGUUCUGGAAGAGAUGGUUACGAGAGUAUUUGCCGUCGAUAAAUCGCCGCACAAAAUGGCAUUACCCAGCUAAACCAAUCCAGAUUGGUGAUGUUGUCGUCAUUGUCGAUCCAGAUCUGCCAAGAAACACGUGGCCCAAAGGACGUGUUGUGGACGUCAAGCUGAAGGAUGGACAAGUUCGUAGUGCAACAGUGAGGACAACAGCGAACAUUUUCGAACGCCCAGCAGUCAAGCUGGCGGUUCUAGACGUCGGCGCAACAGCGAAUACACAGGAACCCGGAGCCUGUGUACUGGGGGGGAGUGUUACGCAACAUGCGAACGCGCCUCCGUUAUCAAUUUACCCUCAACGAGGUCAGCCGCCCCAGCUGCAAGCGGGACAGCGGGUAACUGACAAGUCAGUGGUAAACAAACAAAAAAAAAGGAUAGCGACGACGAAGAAAGAUAUCGAGAUUAAAAAAAGUGGUUUGAGAUAGUCAUUAAAGCGAAAUUAAAUUGAAACUCUAAUAGCUAGAAGUACGGUUUAGGAUUGUUUUAAGGUUGCUUAUAUAUAGUAGUACGGAGUGGAUUAACAGCUAAAAGUACGGUGCUGAAUUCUUAUAAUUAAUAGUACGGUUGAGUUUAUUAAAGGCUAGAGGACUGUUACAGCUAGUUCGUGCUAUUGAAGCAUCGCAGGUAACCGAGCUCAUGAUAAGGGUUAGACGACCGUACGAGACCAUUUCCCGGAAGUGACGGAAAUAAGUGAAAAUACUAAACGUAAGUAAAAUGAAGCAA